AUGUUGAAGGCUCGGUAUGUGGAUAUUAAUUUACAAGCGGUUAACGAUGGAACAAACAAUAAACAAUCAUGUUCGGUUUGGUGGUUGGAUAUUUGUUCGUUAAAUAACAAGAACUCGGAAGAGGUUUUCGCUAAUAAUUGCUUGUUCCGGGUGGGAGACAGAUUUAUUACUUCCUUUUGGCACUCUCAUUGGAUUGAAGGGGGGAUUCUUAAAGACCGGUUCCCGUCACUAUAUGAUAUUUCUCUAUUGCAGGAUGUGUCUAUAGCUAGCUUGCGCGGUUGGAGAAAUGGCUCUUGGUGCUGGAAUGACUUUGGUAUACCGCCUGCUGCUGCCAGCAGAACACCCGCGGUCCUGUUGCUGUUGCAACGGUUGCUGCCUGCUGAUUUCCCGUCUCGCCUUGGCCAUGACAGCGUGGAUUGGAUGCUGUUCGAGGACCAAAAUUUUUUGGUGUCUAUCAGUUAUCGAGCUCUUUGCAAGAGGUACAUUCCAUUCGGUUUUGUCAAAUUGCAUGAUUUUGCUUUCUCUUCUAUUUGGAAGGUUGAUGUUCCUUUAACAGUAAGAGCUUUUGGGUGGAGAUGUUUUUGGAAUAGAAUCCCUACUAAGGACUUGCUCAAUUAUAGAGGUAUUAUCUCGUCCUCUUCCAAUCUUCAUUGCGUUUUUUGUAAUGCCUUCCCCGAAUCUUCUUGUCACUCGUUUUUGGAUUGUUACAAAGUGAUUGGGAUUUGGAAGGACAUAGCUGGUUGGUUGGGAUUGUGUUAUUCCAAACUUACGGACUUUAAAGAAAGCUACCUUUUUUGGAGUUCUUCGUGUCGGAAUUUGAAAAUCAAAAAGGGCAAGGUGGGGAGUGUUAGGUUAGUCGUAGUUUGGUCCCUAUGGCUUUGUAGGAAUGAUAUCAUUUUCAAGGAUGUCGGGUGGAAUGCUAGUGGUGUCGCUUGGAGUUGCAAAGCUUUACUUUGGAGGUGA